CAGAGCCGGGGCGUGUCGUUUGAUAGGUUAUUUGGAACAACGGUGUAGCUUCAAACUUGGAGGAAGCAGUACUUGGUGAGCUGUUUUGGUUAAUCAAUUCGCCAGAAUUUGAUUAUUAGAUUUGGAGGGCAUCACUCAUCAACAGAGCAAAAUGCGCUUAUCUUUCUCGAAGAUCGGAAAUGCAAUUCCUUUUUCCAGUCUCUUUAGGCAACUGGAGCAGGAUGUGGAAACUGUUGUCAAGGCGCUACAACCUGGUGCAUUGGGAAUCAUAGAACACAAAUUUAACUUGGAGGAGAUACAGAAGGCAAAGGACACUGUUGAGAGAGCAGUGGCAAAUUGGCAGAGGCAUGCCAAAACUGAGAAACAUAACCCCUACUUGAAAGAUUUUAUUGAUGGGUGACAGACAGAGUUGGUACCUAACUUUCCGAUAAAUAAUCUGAUCAAGGAAACAAUCAUGCAAAUUUGUAAGCACUUCUUCUAGUCUCGACAUGAAUGCACAAGGUUUAUCCUUAUCUUUGUGUUAUUUUUUGUCAUGGUGUUUCUUUAUUGAUUUCGGAAGUGAAUGGCUGCUUUGAUUUGUUUUGGAGAGCAUAAUUGAUACAUGCUGGGCCAUGAUUAUUUAGGAAGUCUUAUGUAGAAACUACUAAAUAGUUAUUUAACUUAUUACUCUUAGUCUUCAAAUUAGUUUAGGUAGAUUAGUUAUUUAGAAACUACCAAAUAAUUAUCUUUGUAAUCAGCCCUAUCAAAGGGAGCGUUAUUUAAACUAAUGGGAGAGCAGAAAUUCAAUCCAUAAAAGGGUCUAAGGCA